AUGAAACUGAUCGUAGCCCUUUGCUUGGUCGCGGUGGCGGUUGCUGCCCCUCCUCCUCCAAGGUCAAACUCUGGCAAUGUCGAGAUCGUCAAAUAUGACAAUGACAAUAUUGGACUUGGAAACUACAAAUACGGAUUUGAAUUGACUGACGGAACUGGCGCUGAACAACAGGCUGAGCUCAGAAACGAGGGCAAGGAAAACGAGUCUAUCGCUGUGAAGGGUUCCUUCGCCUGGGUGGGACCUGACGGCGUGCUCUACCGUGUCAUCUACGUUGCUGACGACAACGGUUACCAGCCCACAAUUGAACAGGGACCCGGAGGAGCCGUCCCACCCGGAGUCGUUGCUUCUCUCCUCGGCUAA